AUGUCCGCAGCAGCAGAACCGCCACCCGCUACGACGUCGACGACUUCUGCCACGCCGGGCAACAAUGUCUCGCCCCUCACCUACGUCAUCAUCCCGCUCGUCACGCUCGCCUCCGUCUUCCUCGUCGGCCUGUUUGCCUAUAUUCAACGGCGCCGCAGCCGGCGGCACGCCUUGGACAGCAACGGUGACGGCGGCGAGGCGCAGAUGCAGGAGUAUCGUCGCGGCGCCGACACGGGCAGCGCGGCGGACCGCUGGCCGUCUGCAAGCUUAGCCUUUAACUGGUGGUUUCUGCGCUCCAACGAGGGUCUCAAUGAACUGGGCGAGGCGCCGCCGCCGUAUAUUGCCGAAAGGCGCAACAAGGUGACGUCUGAGGGUACUGCGAAUGAGCAUGUGAUUGAAGAGGACGAGGACGAGGACGAGAACGAGGACGAGGAAGAGAAUGGGGGUCCGGGACGCAGCAGAGAAUCAAUGCGACAAUCGGCAAGUAUUGGCGUAGGGAAUGGGACAAGUCAACAGAGUGGUAAUGGAACACGGAGCCGCGAGGAACCGACACAGGCGAGCACUCAAGAAGAACAAACGCAGCAACAUAUACACCACGCUGUAGACGAACCACAAGAAAACAACGAACAAGUGCUUCCCGCCGAAACAUCAUCCUCGCUCCCCUUCACCACGGCGGCCGCUCCCUCCGACCCAUCCUCCUCUGCCUCGCCCGACCGCGACAACCGUCGGCGACCCUCCUCAGAAAUAGCCUCCAUUCUUGAAUCACGCCGUCUUCGCUCCCAGCUCCGCCGCUCUCCACGCGCCGCCACCACUACUUCCACGUCCACCUCUACAUCUUCCACCGACGACAUUUGCAGCAGCGAAUUCUUUCGCUCCCGCUCUACCUCCCCCGAGCGCAGCGAUCGCCGCCACCGCCACCGCCACCACAUUGAGCGUCUGAACCGCCGUCUGCGCCGCCUCGGUUACGCCACCUCGGAGACGAUCGAGUACCACGGACUUCAGCUGCGCGACAUGGAAGACGGCGCCGCGCCGCCCACCUACGAGCGGGUCCCCGACGUUGCCGUCCCGCCGCCCGCGCAGCUCCCGCCCCCACCGGCCGCCGACGCGCCUCCGCCGUAUCCGGCCGCAGCGCCGCGUUGGCAGCGGCCCCCGAUUCUUAUUCUUUCGGCGGCGCCGCGACGACGCGAGGAAGGGGGCAGGGGCGGCCCGCCGAUGGUGCCCCAGCAGACGACGUUGCCGCCGCAACACGAGCAGUUUCUGGGUCGUCACUACUUGUUUAUGCCGCCACUCGAGCCCGAUUACCUAAGAGCGGGCUUCUCGGCGUCGCUGGAUAUACCCCGACAACUGCAUUCGCGGUUUUAA